AUGCUAGUGAAUGAUUUAUUGAAGGAUCUCAAUCAUGUGCUUAAUCCAGUGUUGCCGGUGCAAACAAGUGCAGUGAACACAGAGUUGGAGGAAACUCGCUUGAAUGAAGCUGAAGGUGGCUUUUCUGCAGCGUUGUCAACAGGAUCGGGUCAGACGCCUACUCCACCAGGGUUUCACUUCAGUGAGGCGAUCCAGCAACAUCCAGGAGAAUCCCAACAGCAAAUACAGCCGCAACCGCAAGUUUCCGAUGAAUUAUUCCAGGCGAAGCAAUUGCAGACGCUAUUGGAUCAGCAGCGAGAGCAGAUUCAUAUGGAGCUAAAAAAGCACGAGAAUUUGAAGCUGCAGCAACAAGAAAUCAAUCGAUUCGGAUUGGCUCAAGCCACCCAACCACCUAUAUCGACAGUUCAACAACAGCAACAACAAGAUUUGCUGGAGCAACAGCAGCAACUGAUAAGGCAGCUACGAAUCAGGAAUCAACAGUUGGAGCAAGCGAACCAACAACUUCAAAGACAAACAAUGCAACAACAACAACAGGCACCAUAUCGUGAGGAACCCGUUCGUCGCAUUCCAAAGGGAAUCCACAACUGGCCGUUCAAAUUUCGUGGACAGCAGGAUACAACAUCUUUGAACGUUUUUCUUGAUAGAGUUGAGGCCUUUGCUUCCUCUGAAAACUUAGACCAAGAAACUCUCCUCGCGAAUAUAAAGCAUCUGCUUGAAAAAACCGCUCAGGAUUGGUACACCCGUGCAUUCGUCGAAGGGCGACUGACGUCGUGGGAAGAAUUCAAACGGGAGAUACGCAAGGAGUUUCUGCCAGGCAGUUACUCGCAAAUUCUUCGUCUGGAAGCGUCCUAUCGUUUCCAAGGGCAAAACGAAUCAUUUGCGGAUUUUCAUCGUGAUAUCUCCAUGCUAUUUCGCUUUAUCACUCCGCCGAUCUCGGAAGAAGACAAAAUCUUUAUAAUGAAGAAGAACAUGUGUGUGGAUUAUGCCAUCAUUGUAGCAGCAGCAAAUCCAACAUCCGUAGCUGAACUUGUUAAAAUAUGCUCCAGUUAUGACGACACACGUAGACUUCUGAACUGCCAACGGAAAAUCCCAUUCCCGCACAACAGCUUGUUGGAACCGAGUUUCGCCACCCCGUCACUACAACAGCGAACAGGUAUAGCGUCGACCAAUCAGCGAUACAGCCGGGUCAACGUAGUAGAAGAAGAUGACAGCAGAAGUGUAACCGAGGCGGUACAGCAACCAGAAAGCGAAGACCUGCUAGCAAAAAUUGAGGAACUCGAACAGCAAGUAUGUGCAUUUAAGAUGCAGUUGAAUAAGCAACGUCGAGAAGCACCAUCGAUGGGGCCAAGAGCACCGCAACAGGCAAGACCUUUUCAACGACAGCAAGAGCACCAAUUCAAUCCUCAGCGUAGACAAGAAACUGGUUAUCAACAUUUCGCAGUGCAGCCCCCAGAGAGCGCAACUUACCGAACACAAUCCAAUGAGCAGAUCGCAUACCCACAGAGACAAUUUCCGGGAAGAUUCUCACAGUUACCAACACAACAAGAAGAUCGACAAAACGCCGCUGAAUCUCUACCACAACAACAACCUACAGUGUCAGGACCUUUGUUGAAGGUUUGCUGGAACUGCGACGAGGAGGGUCAUCGUUUCAUGGACUGUUCGAGACCACAGGCUAUUCUGUUUUGCUAUCGAUGUGGCAGAAAAGGCUAUUCACUACGCAGCUGUUUCACUUGUCGUACAGAUUCGGGAAACCCGCUAGCGGAGAAUCGGCAAUAG